GGGCGGUGGCGGCGGGUGGGGGCGUGGCCAGGCCGAAUAAGAGCGGAGGGGGCGGCGGCCGCACGGCUCACUAGGUGCCGCUGCCUGGGGGCUGUAGUGACCGUGCUGCUCCUGCCGGGGGCUGCCCACGCCAAGGACCCGCCUCCGUCGCCUCUUCCACCGCGCAGUUUUCCUGGCCAGAAUAUCCCCACAAUGGCAGAGGAGAGCAGCAGUACCCAGGACUGUGUGUCCUUCAGUGUGCUCAACUGGGAUCAGGUUAGCCGUCUGCAUGAGGUCCUGACCGAGGUUGUACCCAUUCACGGACGAGGCAACUUCCCCACCUUGGAGAUAACCCUGAAGGACAUCGUGCAGACUGUCCGCAGCCAACUGGAGGAGGCAGGCAUCAAAGUGCAGGACAUCCGACUGAAUGGCUCUGCUGCUGGCCAUGUUUUGGUCAAAGACAAUGGCUUGGGUUGCAAAGACCUGGACCUGAUCUUUCAUGUGGCUCUUCCUACAGAGGCAGAAUUUCAGCUGGUAAGAGAUGUGGUUCUGUGUUCCCUUCUGAACUUCCUGCCCGAGGGUGUGAAUAAGCUCAAAAUCAGCCCAGUCACUCUGAAGGAAGCGUAUGUGCAGAAGCUGGUAAAGGUCUGCACAGACACAGACCGCUGGAGCCUGAUUUCCCUCUCCAACAAAAAUGGCAGGAACGUGGAGCUCAAGUUUGUUGAUUCCAUUCGGCGUCAGUUUGAGUUCAGUGUGGACUCCUUCCAAAUCAUCCUGGACUCUCUACUUUUUUUCUAUGACUGCUCCACCAACCCUAUCUCUGAGGACUUCCACCCCACAGUGAUUGGGGAGAGUGUUUAUGGGGACUUUGAAGAAGCCUUUGACCAUCUGCAGAACAGACUGAUCGCCACCAAGAACCCUGAAGAAAUCCGAGGUGGGGGUCUUCUUAAGUAUAGUAACCUUCUCGUGCGGGAUUUCAGGCCCACGGACCAAGAGGAAAUCAAAACUCUGGAGCGAUAUAUGUGCUCUCGAUUUUUCAUCGACUUCCCAGAUAUCCUCGACCAGCAAAGAAAGCUGGAGACCUACCUGCAAAACCACUUUGCCGAAGAAGAGAGAAGCAAGUAUGACUACCUCAUGAUCCUGCGCAGAGUGGUGAAUGAGAGCACCGUGUGCCUCAUGGGGCACGAACGCAGGCAGACCCUGAACCUCAUCUCCCUCCUGGCCUUGCGUGUGCUGGCUGACCAGAACAUCAUCCCUAAUGCCACCAACGUCACCUGUUACUAUCAGCCAGCUCCUUAUGUCAGCGAUGGCAACUUCAAUAACUACUAUGUUGCCCACCCUCCAGUUACCUACAGCCAACCCUACCCUACCUGGCUGCCCUGUAACUAACCUUGAGACCUGAGAGUUUCCUCGGUGGGAACCCACUAGGCAUGUGCUCUUGAGUAGGGGAGCCUCCUUUUUGGGGUAGGUGUUUGGCUUUUAAAGGAGAACUCAGCUCUGAUUCUGAUUUUUUUUUUCUUUGUGUACCCAUUGGAAUGGGUCUGCAGUAUACCAUGAGCCAACCCUAAAAAGACCCAUCUUACAGUGCCACUUCAGAAAAUGUUAUAGGAAGUGUGGCCUAUCCACAUCUUUCGAAGAUAGACAUCCCAAACAUUAGUGCCCUGGGAUUUGAGCUCUGGAAUCAUCAAGAGUGGAGAAAUUGGGGACCAGACAAGAAGUGCUAAGCCUCUUUUCUUCUCACCUGAGCCUAGAGUAGGCUGUGUUGGGCUACAUUCUGGUUUUUAGCAGUUACCUGGAAGUUGUACUGAUAUUUCUCUUCUUGUGUCAGUUUUAGUCAGGCAGAAAAUAACAAACAUGAGGGUACUUUUGUGACUUAAAUUUUGUUCAUGGGGCUAAAUUGCUUGUGUCUAGUCCCUGUCAGCAGAGCUGAGAAUUUUCUUUCAUAAAUAAACCAAAGUCAGUAGCUGGAGAUAUGGUUGAAAGUGGUUUAUGGUUUAGAAGCUGUGCUAUCUUGAGAAAUUAUGAGAUACUGCUAAGAAAAAAAUGAUCUUGUUCUUGAAAUGUAACUUGAAAACAAAAUAAAAUGUGGAACAUAAUGCUAAUGUAGAAUUGUGGUGGAGGUGGUGGUGGGGGUGGUGAUUGUAAAUAGGAAACAUGAAUGUUCUUCUUUUCUUCUUAUUAAGAAACUCUUAUUGAAUGACAUCUUUUCCCCCCAUUUGCUCUCUCACGAAUGACCUUUGUGUUGCUCUUCCCAAGAUUGUGUUUGUGUUCACUGUUGUAACUGACAUGAGGGUCUUCCCAUGUUUUAAUUGGAAACCCAUUUUGGUAGGAUUCCAGAGAUGACAAGCUGUCUUUCUGGAGUACUUUGGCCAUUAUCUGGUUUGCUUUCUUGUUGCUUUUUAAAAUAGUGAUUUCUUUCUCCAGGUAUUUAUGACAGCCCCUGGAUUUGGGUAUUUAAGUAGAACAGAGUGACCUGUGGAAUUGGCUUAGAAUUUAACCACCUGCCCCUGUGCUCUGUGAAGGUAGGGGUUUAGCAUUCAGUCUGGCCUUGUGUGCAUUUGUAGCUACCAAGGUGCUUUGAGAUCUUUCCAGUGUAUUUGGGAAAGAAUUGAGUGAAUGAAGAAUGAUCUUCCUUAUUUGGUAGAUUUGACAAUAUUUGUUUAUAUUCUGCACUUUAGAAGGAAAACAGUGUUAAUCUCUGUCUAAAGCAAAUUUAGUCAGUGGGAGAGGGCUCGGCUACUGUUGCUUUUCCCAGUAGAUUUAGAUAAGGGAUUUUGUUUUGAAACUUUUUGUGGGCUCUUUUAGAAAGCAUUGCUUUAGAGUAUCAGGGGGAAAUAGUAUUGCCGGCCAGUUUGGUUUCUAGUCAAAUCCAUUCUCUAUUUUGUCCUGUGGCCGUAAAAAUCCAAAGCCCUGAAUGAUUGUUUUCUGUUCAUUUUAAGCAUUGAUAUUAUCUUAAUACAGAGAUACCUAGUAGAAAAUGUGUGGUUGACCUUUUUUGUAAAGAUACAUUUUCAGGUUUCUUCUGCAAUUUCAUAUCUUGGCCCCCUUAAACAAGAUUGAAACCUAAGGUUUAGCUUGUUCCCAUAUCGCUGUGUGUUAGGUGACUAGAAACCUCUUUUGUGUAACCAGCUCUUAUUUCUCUGUGAGCCUUCGUUAUGUUUGAAUUCACUGGCUUUGUGAUGAGGCCAGUUCUGUGAGAGGAUCUGAGGUGUUACAAUUUUAGCGGGGGUGGGGUAAAAAGUGAUCCCAACCUUAAAAAUUAUUUUGUCAUCCAUGACUUUAAAAUGCUGCCCUUGUGGUUAAAUGACAACAUAUUUACAGAAAAAUUACAGAUUUGUUUAAGCAAAGCUUUUUGAAGUGUAAUGAAGCCAUAGCCAGCAUAAGCACUGGGUAACAGAAAUCAGUAUUGGUUCUACUUAGAAGGACUGGGGACAGAUGCAACAUGGGAGCAAGAUAUUAUCUAAAUCAAGUAAUUAAAUUUCCAGUUUGUCCUUGGAGUUCUUUGUGCUUAUAUGUUUGGUUUUUUUUUCUAAUCUGGAAAGAGUCCUCCUUUGAUGAGGAAGAAGGCAGACAUGGACAUUAUAAGAACUUUCCUGCUUUUGAGUUCUUUAGUACCGUUGUAUGAUGGCUGUCUUGCUAGUCUUUUACCCAAUAUUUUUUGUCAGCCCUGCUAUUUGUGAAUGGCUAUGUGUUCUAGAAGCAUCAGGGUAAAAAGUUGCACUGACCAAAGCUGCACUUUUAAAACACAGCCCCUGUACUGGUGGUGUCUUCACCUGCUCCGUGAGCCUUUUGCCAGCCUCAGAAUAGGCCAGGUAACCUUGAAUUUCAGACAUCUGGAAGUUCUAUCUAAAGCUGCCUUUCAUACUGCACACACAAGCACCAGACGCCCUGAACUUGUACUGCAUUCAGUGGUUCCUUAUUUUUUGUGUGUGUUGAGUAACAUGAAACCCUGUAGGGGCAGAGGGCACUAAAGUUCAAGGACAGGUUCUAAUCUAAAUUUAAGCAGCCUCAUUUUCUGCAGGACUCAGAACUAUUUCGUGAUGCCUUUUCAACCAGCCUUGUUUCUUGAAGUCAGACUGAGCAUCAGCAGGAUGUAAAGGGGACCCUUUCCCUUCUUGUUGGUAGAAAAAACACACACUAGAAUCCUGGCCUUGAAUUUUAAUGCCAUGCUCUGUCCAGCAUUAGCAAUAAGACACUAUUCCUCACUCAGUAUUGAUGCCAAAAUGAAACUCGCUGUCACCAGCACCUUUGCGUCAGAAUUUCUGACUGCAUGUGGCCUGUGGCAUGGUUCGUACAUGGGGACCUGGCAGAUGGGGCAGGUUGAGGAGGGAACUUGAUGCUUGGUUCCUGCUAGUUAUGUGGUUUGGCACUCAAGUUUUUGUUUUUGAUUUCAUUUUUCCUCCGGUUUGAUUUACACUGAAGAUUUGAGUCACAGCAAGCUACGUUUGAACCUGUGCUGGGUGGUGAUGUGUUAACAGUCACAUUGCUGAAGCCCUGAGCCUGAAGCUUAUCCUUUGCCUCCGACCUGUAGCACUUUUGUAGUAGGUUAGGUUUUUAACUGAUAUUACUUAGCUUUGGGAAUGGUGCCACUCAAAAACAACUUCCAAACUUUGAGAAUAACUCCAUUCUAGUGAAGUGCCUGUUAGUGGUGCCUUGUUUUAGGAUGCUGUUACAGCUUUGGCUCCAACAUCCUCUUCCAGAGAGUAGAGUUAAAGUUAAUCAACUGUGAGAAGAAAUCCUGAUACUCACCAGGGCCAUUACCUUCUGGGUAUCUGAGUGAGGCUGUACACUAGGGAAGUCCCUCUGUGUGGAUUCUGUACAUUGAAAGAACUUCCAGUUUCCAAGGUUAAGAUUCAUAUCCUAAAUCGGGCAGACAGUGCUUGCUUCAGCAGUACACAGACUAUACCUGGCAGACAUCACAAACUUACAACCGACUUACAACAUAUUCCAAUUCAACCAACUAAACUCAGAGGACCAACCGAGAUGGUUAGAGGAGAGGUAUUUACAAAGACCUGGCAGCUUUUUGGACUAGUGGAAAGCUCAAAGGAAAGAAAAGGCCUAUUUUGUGUGUUAAAGUGCCUACAUUGUGUUUACCUAUUACUUUUUUAAAAAUAGUUUAAGUGUAAGCUAAAGAUAAUGCUUGGAGUUCUGCAUGGGAUAUUGAGGGUUGUUGAAAAUUCUCAUGUGUGCUUACUGGACAGGAAGGUGAGAUGACAUCCACUGAAGAGGAAGUAGUUAACAUGGAUCUAAUCAUUUUUUAAAACUUAAGCUAACUGAUUUUUUAAGGGUGAAAUUUAAUUAUCCUAAAGCAGCUAUUCAUAUUCAAAUUGAUAUAGAAAAAAGUGAGAUACUAAUUAGACUAAAUUGGAAGAUCUUUUUUCUAUAUUUGCUUAUCUUUGAAGUACUUUUUUUUUUUUUAGCAUGCCCAGGCUAUGUGGGUUUCCUCUUUGGUAAUGGUCACUCACCUUAUUCCUUAAGCAGAUGAGAUCACCUGUCAAUGCAAAUGUGUUAGAACUUGGUGAAAUAAAGCUUUUGAGUGUGAAAUAAAGGUAUAUUUAAAAAUUUUAAAAAA